AUGGAACCAGAUUGGACAACCAACGAGACGUACAGGGCCAUUCCCCAGAUGGAGAUAGGCGAUCCUGUACAAGUGAGUAAACUGACAAAAGAACCAUCUAAGGCACCAACUAAAAACAAAUACCAUCCUAACAACAUGUUUACGCAGAGUAUCUUUGAUUUAACUCUUAUUACUAUCAACAUUUGCCAGAUAUGUUACAUCUUAAAGGUGGGCCCAACUCUAGGUAUUCUCUAUUACAUAAUGCUGGCUCUAUUAGGUGUUUCCCUCUUUUUGCUGUCCAUUCAUGGCUUCAUGGGACUAUUUGGACGACUUCGCUGUAGCAAACCACUUUCCGAUGGAUGUUUUAACUGCUUGUACAACACUUCGCUAUUCAUGGUGGUAUUAGUUUACUUGGUGAACUUAAUUUUUAAUGUGCUAAGCUUAAAAGAAACUGAAGAUAAGUGCCAAAUCAUAGUCAGUCACAUGAGAAACCGAACGGCAACCUAA